GUUUUGGAUCCUAUUCAUCAAAUUGAACAUGUUGAUACUGGAGCACGGAAUUAAUUAAUUAAUUAAGCCAAAUUAAAUUUCUUUUAAUGAUGGUUUUGAAUCCUGUUCGUCAAAUUGAACACGUUGAUACUGGUACAUGGCAAUUAAUUAAUUAAUUAAACAAAAUUCAAUUCAUUUUAGUGCUGGUUUUGAAUCCUGUUCGUCAAAUUGAACACUUUGAUGUUGGAACACGGCAAUUAAUGAAUGAAUUAAUUAAUUAAGCCAAAUUCAAUUCAUUUUAAUGACGGUUUUGAAUCCUAUUCGUCAAAUUAAACAUGUUGAUAGUGGAGCACGGCAAUGAAUGAAUGAAUGAAGCCCAGUUCAAUUCCGUUUAAAUGACGGUUUUGAAUCCUAUUCGUCCAAUUGAACACGUCGAUAUUAGAGCAGGGCAAUUAACGAAUGAAUUAAUUAAGCCCACCUCCGCGCCGCCAGGGGGCGCUGCGGGCGCGCGCGGCUCGCGGCGUGACGUCAGCGCGCCGCCGCCGUGACGUCAGCAGCGCGCGGUGCCGCCAUGGAGCCGGCGGAGCGCGGGGCCGCGAUGGCGCCGGGCUGCCCCGGGGGCCCGUGGGCCGUGGGCGAGGAGACGGCCAUCCUGCACGGCGGCUUCCUGCUGGCCGCCCGCCUGCUGCAGCCGCGGCCGCUGCGGGAGCUGCGCAAAGCCGACUGGCCCCGCGCGGGGGUGCCCAUCACGGACGCGCUGCGCGAGAUCGGCGAGCGCUGCCCCUCGCCGCUGGGCCUGUGGAAGAAGGAGGCCGUGGCCAUCGUGUGGGCCAAAAUCCUGCUGCCCGCGCCGCCCGCCGCCGCGGCGCUGGAGUGGGGCUGGAAGGAGGACGGGUUCUUCUCGGUGGGCGCGAUGAUCCCCGAUGUCAACCACACCGCCCUGUUCGAGCUGGUCAAGGCGCUGGGCGCGCCGCGGCUCCUGGUGCAGCUGCUGCUGGCGCUGCCCCCCGGCGUGUGCCGGGGACAGCUGGAGAGCCUGGUGGAGUACAUCUCCAGCGAGACAUCCCCGUCGGACGUCGGGUUCUUCUUGGACGUGUGGUGGGAGGUGCUGAAGCACAGGGAGGGGCAGGAGGAUGCCACGGUGUCGGCGUUCGGCGCUCUCAUCCAUCAGCACGGCGGGGAGUCCUCCCCGGAGGAUGGUCUGCAGCCCCCGAAGAGGUUCAAGGGUGACCCUGGGAGCGCCCCAGCUGCCUCCGGGCUGCCCACGGUGCUGCUGCAGGGGUUACAGCAGAUCCGGGGCAGCGUCACCCAGCCCCGCCUCAGGUGCUACGCCCUGGCCAACCUGGCGGAGCUGCUGUGCCUGUCCUCGGAGCUGGGGCCGGGGCACAGCCCCCUGCCCAUCACAGAGCACCUGGCCAAGGUCAGUGCCGUGGUCAGCCUCUGGAGCAGCGACCCUGACUGCCAGUACCACCCCUGCGGGCUGGGAGAGAAGGUGAGGGAGGCAGAGAGGAGCAUGGGCCUCCUGUGCCUGACCAGACCCUCUCGUGAGGAGCUCUUUGGUGGCUUGGACUUGCUCUGCAGCUUGUUGCAGGGCUGGGGAGAGGAGCUGCAGGACGCCCUGAGGGGAUCUGAGGAGCUGUGCUUCCAGAGCUACCGGCUGCUGGGCGCUCUGGGCAGCCUUGGGAAGGGCCUGGAUUUCCUCUCAGAGAGCAGAGAGCUGGGGGAGGGCGAGGCACGGGUGGUGUCAGAGCUGACACAGCUCACCAGGGACUUCCUCAGGGACACCAGUGCUGUCCUGGAGGAUGUGGACACCAGCCUGGUGUCUGCAGUUGCCAUGGCAAUCAUUGCACAGAGGCUGGACCGCCACGUGGACACGUGCUCUGUUUUUGCCUCUGAAAAGACCUGGGCUUUUUCAAAGGCCUGGGUGGAGUGCCUGGUGGAAAACAAAGCUCUGUUCCAGACCUCUGAGCUAGUUUUGAAACUGCUGGAGACACUGGUGAACUUUGCCACAUCCCACCAUGACAAGGAGGCCCAAGAGCUGCAGAUGCAAGUGACCAAAGCCAUCGUGGAGUGUUACACUCAGCUUUCAUUGAGUGACAAAAACAAAGUGAUCUCAGGUGUCCUGGCAGCCUGGGGUGGCCCAGGUCUGUCCCAGAACGUGCAGGUGGUCAGGGAGGGGUUCCAGGAGGACCUGAAUGUGACCUUGAACCAGAUCACAGAGAGUGUGUCUGAUGAAGGCCUGGCCAGGGCUGUGGAUUCCGUGGCCAGGCUGAUGCUGCUGUCCCCUGAGGCCACAGUGAAGCAGGUUUGUCAUCUUGCUGUGGUCAACCUUGGAGCACACCAGUUCCUUGCCCAAAUCCUCUGCUCCUUCCCAGCACUGAGCUUCCUGGAGAGCCACGAGGAUCCAGGCAGGCCACGCAGCCUGGUGCUGAGGUGUCUGCAGGAGGCAGUGUGGGGGAAGCUUUCCACAGCGAGGGAAGAGGAGCAGUUCCUUCAGUUCCUGGCCUUUCUCAUGCAGCCAGGCUCAGCCACCCCGCUUGUGUCACCUGCAGAAGUGACCAGUGCCUUUGUCCUUCCCUGUUUGAAGUCAGACUCUCCUCAGAUCGAGCUGAGCCUGCAGAUCCUCAGUAAGGUUUUGGAAAUACCGUCCUGCUCAGAAGAGCACUGGAUCAAAUCCUGCCACCCCUUCCCACUUCUCCUCAGCCUCUGCAAACUUCUGGAUGGUUACACCAAGUACUGGCAUCAGCCUGGGGAGCAGCUCUUCCCUUCCCUGGAGACCAAAGACCUGGUUCAGAGCAUCCUCUGCCAGCUGUGCGAGCUGGUGGGGCCAGAGGCCGUCCCCUCCUCGGAGCUGUGGGUGCAGUCGCUGGCCUGGCUCCACAGGAAGGUGGCCUCGCUGGACUGGACCGUGGGGCUCCAUCUCAAGAAGCUUUAUGGGGACCACUUCAAGAACGAGGUGCCAGCCACGCUGUUUGAGAUCUGCAGGCUCCCUGAGGACGAGUGGACAUGCCAGCCCUGGCCAGCCUACGGGGCAGGCAGCGGGCUGCUGGCGUGGAUGGAGUGCUGCUGCGUGUCCCCAGCGCUCAGGGACACCAUGCUGGCGCUGCUCACCGUCAACGUGGACAGCCCAGAGGAGGUGAAUCUCUUCAGCAAAGGCUUCCUGGUGGCCCUCAUCCAGGUGCUGCCUUGGUGCAGCCACGGUGAGUGGAAGAGGCUGGUGCCCGUGGUGGAGCAGCUGCUGCAGAGGCAGGUGCUGCACGUGCCCUACACGCUGGAGUACGUGCAGCACCUGCCCCUGCUCAACCUCCGCCCCUUUGCCUGCCACCUGCAGCUCUCCGUGCUCUUCCUGCGGGGCUUCCAGCUCCUCUGCAGCUCCAGCUGCUCCAGCUGGCUGCCACCAGAGGCCUGGCUGCACGUGGUGCAGCUGUACUGCGCCAGCCUCACCGACCUGCUGGCCUCCCUCAAGGCCACGGCGGGAGCCGCGGCUCAGCCCUGCACGCAGGAGCUGUCCUUCACCUGCAUCCAGCUCUUCUGCCACCUGCUGCACGUGGCUGCCAUGCUGCCGGCCACGGGCUGCGAGGAGCCACUGCUGGUGGUGGCCCUGGAGGUGCUGUCACAGUACGAGGCGUGCAGCAGGGCUGACGGGUCGCCCUGCGCCGCGCUGCGCAGGGCCAACGAGGGACACUUCCUGCAGUCUGUCACAGAGAGCCUGGGCCAUGAGGAGCUGCGCAGCACCCUCCUGCAGAAGCUCAGCAAGCUGGGAGCACGCUCAGAGCACUGAUCUGGACCUUGUAAGAUGUGAAAUAAACCCUUAUUUUUCUAUUUUGA